AGCUACAGCCGCUUCACUACAGCCGGGCACACGGAGGCAACAAGUAGCUGAAAAUUUCAAAGCUCAUGAGGAGCCUCGUUUUACUGUGGACUUUUGAAACGGGACGACGCGACUCGAAGCUAAACAGCGAUUUUCUGUCCAUUUUUAAGCAAACAUGAGACAAAGUAGGGGAACUUUGCUGACGGAUAAUGGUUUGUGAGUUCUCGUCCUCUUGAUAAACUGUGUAGACUGCGCUGGGCUCAUCUGUUGACUGUUCUACCGUUUACCUUGCUGAGGUUUAAUACUCCUGUGGUUUUUAAUUUUGGAUAAAACACAUCAUGGCAGAGCACGAAAGUUUGGAAUUUGGAAAGGCGGAUUUCGUUCUUCUGGACAAUGUGUCUCUGGAAGAGUUUCUGGCCAACCUUAAACUCAGGUUUGAAAAGGGUCGCAUCUACAGCUACAUUGGAGAGGUGGUGGUGUCCGUGAACCCUUACCGUGCCAUGAACAUCUACGGGCGGGACACCAUUGAGCAGUACAAAGGCCGGGAGCUGUACGAACGCCCGCCGCAUCUCUUUGCCAUAGCAGACGCUGCAUACAAAGCCAUGAAAAGAAGGAACAAAGACACCUGCAUUGUUAUCUCAGGGGAGAGCGGAGCUGGAAAAACAGAAGCCAGUAAAUACAUUAUGCAAUAUAUUGCUGCUAUUACCAACCCAAGCCAAAGAGCAGAAGUGGAGAGGGUAAAAAACAUGCUGCUGAAAUCCAACUGUGUCCUGGAGGCUUUUGGAAAUGCCAAGACCAACCGCAAUGAUAACUCGAGUCGCUUUGGAAAAUACAUGGAUAUCAACUUCGACUUUAAGGGGGACCCCAUUGGUGGCCAUAUCAAUAACUACUUGCUGGAGAAGUCUAGAGUGAUCUUCCAGCAGGAAGGAGAGAGAAGUUUUCAUUCGUUCUACCAGCUUGUGAAAGGAGCUCCAGAGUCUCUGCUGCGAUCCUUACACAUCCAGAAGGACCCUACAGCUUACAAUUACAUUAAAGUUGGAGGCCAAAUUAAGUCCUCAAUCAAUGACAAUGCGGAUUUCAAAGCUGUAGCAGAUGCCAUGAAGGUGAUAGGAUUCACCACAGAGGAAAUCCAGACGGUCUACAAGAUCUUGGCUACCAUUCUGCACCUGGGAAACCUAAAGUUUGGCAACGAUGGGGAUGUGACUCUGAUUGAGAAUUCUAAGUUGGUAGCAGUGCUGGGGGAGCUGUUGUCUACUAAAGAGGAGAAUGUGGAGAAGGCCCUACUCUACCGCACUGUGGCAACGGGACGUGAUGUCAUUGACAAGCAACACACGGACCAAGAGGCCAGUUAUGGCCGGGACGCUCUAGCCAAGGCUAUUUAUGAGCGCCUCUUCUGUUGGAUUGUGGGAAGAAUCAAUGACAUUAUUGAGGUGAAGAACUAUGAUGCCAGAAUCCAUGGGAAGAACACAGUGAUUGGAGUGUUGGACAUAUAUGGCUUUGAGAUUUUUCAGAACAACAGUUUUGAGCAGUUCUGUAUAAACUACUGCAAUGAAAAGUUGCAGCAGCUCUUCAUUCAGCUGGUGCUGAAGCAGGAGCAGGAGGAGUACCAACGAGAGGGCAUCCCAUGGAAACAUAUUGAUUACUUUAAUAAUCAGAUUAUCGUGGACCUGGUGGAGCUGCAGCAUAAAGGAAUCUUCUCUGUGCUGGAUGAGGCCUGUAUGAAUGUGGGGAAGGUGACUGACGAGAUGUUUCUCCAGGCACUGAACAGCAAGCUGGCAAAGCAUGCUCACUACACCAGCCGUAAGCUGUCCCCCACUGACAAGAACCUGGAGUUUGACCGUGACUUCCGCAUUCGUCACUAUGCUGGGGAUGUGGUGUACUCCGUGGUGGGUUUCAUUGACAAGAACAAGGACACCCUGUUUCAGGACUUCAAGAGGCUUUUGUACAACAGCACCAACCCUGUUCUGAAGGCCAUGUGGCCUGAGGGAAAGCUGAGCAUCACCGAAGUCACCAAGCGACCCCUCACAGCGGCCACCCUCUUCAAAACCUCCAUGAUCUCACUGGUGGAAAACCUGGCCUCUAAGGAACCGUACUAUGUGCGCUGCAUCAAACCCAAUGACGUGAAGUCUCCACUUCUGUUCGAGUUUGAGCGCUGUAAGCAUCAAGUGGAGUACCUGGGCCUGCUGGAGAACGUCCGAGUGCGGCGUGCUGGCUUUGCUAACCGUCAGACUUACCCUCGCUUCUUACAGAGGUAUAAAAUGAUCUCAGAGUUUACGUGGCCCAACCACGACCUGCCAUCGGACAGAGAGGCAGUGAAACGUCUGCUGCAGGGCUGCGGCUUUGAGCAUGAUGUGGCCUAUGGCAAGACCAAAGUGUUCAUCCGCACACCUCGCACCAUCUUCAGCCUGGAGGAGCAGAGAGCCGAGAUGGUGCAGAGGAUUGUUCUCUUUCUGCAGAAGGUGUGGCGUGGCACGAUUGCUAGGAUGCGUUACCGCCGGAUGCGGGCUGCACUGAUCAUUCUGCGGGCAUACCGGCGCUACAAGGUCAAAUCCUACAUCCGUGAGGUGAACCGGCGCUUCAAAAACGUACGCAGCAUGAAGGACCAUGGCAAACAUGUGAAGUGGCCAACACCUCCCAAGGUCCUGCGCAGGUUUGAGGAGGCACUGAGGAACAUCUACAACAGGUGGUGGGCCUGGACCCUAAUUAAAGGCCUGUCCCCAGAGGAAAUGUUACAGGUCAGGGCUAAAGUAGCCACGCUGGAGUGCCUGAAGGGUCAGAGGGCGGACCUCGGCCUGCAGAGAGCCUGGGAGGGCAAUUACCUGAAGAGGGACAGUCCUGAGACAGCAUCGUCCUUCACUUUGGUGUCCAGUGAUCUGCAGAGGAAGGAUAAGUUCAUGAGAGUCCUCUUCUCCUGCAAUGUCCGCAAGAUCAACCGCUUCAAUAAGGCAGAGAACCGGGCGGUGCUGAUUACUGAUCGCCACCUCUAUAAGAUGGACCCACUGAAACAGUACAAGCCAAUGAAGAGCAUUCCACUCUAUAAUGUGACCGGGGUGAGCGUGUCCCCGGGGAAAGACCAGCUGGUCGUCUUCCACACAAAGGACAACCGAGACCUGAUCGUGUGCCUGCAGGGCAUGGUGCCGGCAGGGGAGAGCCGCAUAGGAGAACUGGUGGGCACCCUGCUCAGCCACUUCAAAAGUGAGAGGAGGAAGCUCCAGGUGAAUAUUGUAAGUCCAAUUCAAUGCAGUAUGAAUGGGAGGAAGUGUACUGUUGUCGUGGAGACCAGGAUCAACCAGUCCCAGCCUGAAUUCACCAAGAGCCGAUCGGGCUACAUCCUAGCAGUGCCAGGAAACUAAAGGACAAGGAUGAAGAAAUGUCUCCUGCUGUCGGGUCUCCUGCUAUCAUUUGAGACUCUGCUGAAUCUCAAAAUUUAAGUCAUAACAAAUUUGCCUUGAGCUAGGCAGCAUUUAUAUUUUUUUUUACCACGGGAUAUCUGACGAGUAAACUCAUUGGAAGGAAUGUCCCUGAGUCUCACAUUCCGACUCAGCAUAAGAUAAUAAAACUCAAGAUGAUUAAUCCAAAAAAAAACAUAUGAUGCACCUAAUUUCCAGAAAG